AUGGCUCUGGGAGGAUCCACGUACUUGAAGAGUGCUACGAUGUUGGAGCAGUUGUUAGAGGAGAUCAAUUUCCAAAGAACCAAGGAGAUGCGCCAGUUGAUGAAAGAUGAGUCUGGAUUCGUAGUUCUACAAGGAACGACUUAUUGGACAGAUUUGUUUGUGCGCCACUUUCUGUUUCAAGAGGAACAUUCAAUAGAUUGCGACGACCUGCUGUUCUUCGUCAGAAAGAGACACGUGAAGGGUUCAUCCCGUUAUCUGCCUAAGUAUGAGGUGAGUCUCACUACACACUGA